GCGGCCGCUCCGCCUCCUUCCGCGGCCCUAGCACCGCCUUCCGGGGUGGGCCCGUUGCUGAUGCCACGACGACGGAGCUCCCGGCAGGCUUCGCGGCGGCGGGCUCAUGGCGCCAGGGGCGCGGCCACUGCUGCUGCUGGCCGUCUGGACGCUGGCAGCGCCGGUGCUGCGCGGCGCCGGGGACACGGGCGACGGAGGGUGGCAGAGGCGCGGGCCUGGGGCGCCGGCCGCGGUGGCGGAGGAGGAACGCUGCGCCGUGGAGCGCCGGGCGGACCUCAGCUACGCCGAGUUCGUGCAGCAGUACGCCUUCUCCAGGCCCGUCAUCCUGCAGGGGCUCACGGACAACUCGCACUUCCGGGCCCUGUGCUCCAGAGAACGGCUGCUGGCCUCCUUCGGGGACAGCGUGGUCCGGCUGAGCACCGCCAAUACCUACUCCUACCGGAAAGUGGACCUGCCCUUCCAGGACUACGUGGAGCACCUACUGCACCCCCAGGACCCUAGCUCCCUGGGCAACGACACCUUGUACUUCUUCGGGGACAACGAUUUCAGCGAAUGGGCCUCACUCUUCCAGUACUACUCCCCGCCUCCAUUUAGUCUGCUAGGUACCACUGCUGCCUACAGCUUUGGAAUCGCAGGAGCUGGUUCUGGGGUGCCCUUCCACUGGCACGGGCCCGGGUUCUCAGAGGUGAUCUACGGCCGCAAGCGCUGGUUCCUGUAUCCCCCUGAAAAGACACCUGAGUUCCACCCCAACAAAACCACACUGACUUGGCUUCAGGAUGUGUAUCCAACCCUGGCACCAUCUGAGAGGCCCCUGGAGUGCACCGUCCAGGCUGGUGAGGUGCUGUAUUUCCCUGACCGGUGGUGGCAUGCUACGCUCAACCUGGACACCAGUGUUUUUAUCUCUACUUUCCUCAGCUAGGUAGUCUGGGAUGUCUCGCUUCUGUGGCACAUGGAGUCAGGUCAGGCACCAGGAUGGGGACCCGGCUCCAAUUCCUGCUACCCAGAGGACAGACAGCUUACCUUUCUCUUCUCGUCCACCUGGGAGAAAAGCUCAUCC